GCGCACGCAACUCAAGCGGUAGCUAUUGGGCGAACGUGAGCGAGGAGAUCGCGUGACUCUUCGCAUCCUCCUCCUUCCAUUUCUAGGCACGCAACACACUGAAACACCAGUCUCUCCCUCUCACUCGUUCGGAUCCACGAGCCGCACAAGUCUCGGAGGCAUCCAGUUUGAUCAUGUUUCCUAGUCUUCGGAGCAGUUGCUAUGCAGGUUUAAUUUGCAAAUGGCUAAGUUUAGCAAGUUGCGACGUAAGACUAACUCCCGCCGUCACCAGGCUACCCCAUAUGCAUUUUCAUCUUGCUCUCGAAAUGUUUUCAAAAAUGUUCUCUUAAAGAAGAGGGGUUCAAGAGCAUCAGAGAAGAAACAUUGGAAAGACGCAACCUGCUCAGUUUGUUUGGAGUACCCUCACAAUGCUGUUCUCCUCCUCUGUUCCUCUUAUGACAAAGGUUGCCGGGCUUAUAUGUGUGCCACUGGCCAUAGGUAUUCCAAUUGUCUUGAGCAAUAUAAGAAAGCCUACACAAAAGUAACCCCAAUACAAAGCUCUCAACAUUGGACUGAGGUAAUGGAAAACUCUAGUUUAAGUUCUGGUCUGCAGCAUCAGAAUGAAAAGAUGGAAGUGCCAGAGCUGUUAUGCCCUCUCUGUCGUGGGCAGGUGAAGGGUUGGACUGUGGUUGAGCCGGCAAGAAAGUAUCUGAAUGCAAAGAAGAGAACCUGCAUGCUGGAUGAUUGUUCUUUUGUUGGAAGUUAUAAGGCACUCAGAAAGCAUGUUAGGACAAAGCACCCAUUGGCAUGCCCACGGGCAGUGGAUCCUAUUCUUGAAGAAAAAUGGAAGAGUUUUGAGCGUGAGAGGGAGCAAAAUGAUGUGAUCAGCACAAUUAUAUCAUCGACACCUGGGGCUGUGGUGCUGGGGGAUUAUGUGAUAGAACCUAACUUUAGUGGUAGUUACAGUGAUUACGAUUCUGAUUUGGAUGACUCCUUAGAUGGUGCUCUCUUCCGUCUUGCAUCAUUUAAUCGUGGACAGAAUCGUGGCAUUUACUCACGUGGUAGUCACCGUGACUUGUUCAAUGUUGAUUUUGGGAGGCGUAGUGGUUUUGGUUUUCGUCCUGUUGCUUCAUAUGGACAAGGUUUACUGGUUGGACCUGGACGUUCAAGGAGGCAAUGGAGGCAUAGAAGAACAACCCUUCUGUGACAAAAUAAUAGAGAAGUGGGGAAGGACUGAGAUUCAGCUCUUCUAUCUAUGGUUGUGUUUCUGUAUAUUCAUGAUGUGUUAUGGGACUAUGGUUUGGUAAAUUGUCAUCAUAUCACUGACACAGCGAAGCAGUUGACCUCACCAUUUGGAUUAGUAGCAGUGGUUUCACUACAUUGUUAGGGGGUUUGUGGGGGCGCAUUGCCUCUGGAUAUUUCGUAGUCUAGAAAAGAAAAACAUUUUUUACUUUGUACCCUUGUAGGUUGCAUGGAUUUGGUAUCAUUUAUUUGGCCAUUUGAUAGGGUGAUAAUGGUUCAAAAACUUCACCUCAAAUGUUUUAUGUUUAUAUUUGAUGUCUCCUCCUUGUUUCCACGAUUA